GGGGGCGGGGCCAGCGGCGUCCAGAUGCGGUCCGGGUGGCGCAGGGCUCGGACUGUGGUUGAGAAGCGCAGCCGGAGCCCGCGAGUAGCGCAGGGAGCCGGGCCGCGGGGAUACGCGCAGCCGGUUUCCUCCCGGCCUCCGGACCCUCGAUCGGCGACCCACCGGAUCUCGGCAAAAUGAAAGACCGGCUUGCGGAGCUUCUGGAGUUGUCCAGGAGCUAUGACCAGCAAUUCCCAGACGGGGACGAUGACUUUGACGCUCCCCACGAGGACAUCGUGUUCGAGACUGACCACAUCCUGGAGUCCUUGUACAGGGUCAUCCAGGACAUCCAGGAAGAAAACCAGCUGCUGAUGAUCGACGUGAAGCGCCUGGGGAGGCAGAACGUCCGCUUCCUCACGUCCAUGCGGCGCCUCAGCAGCAUCAAGCGCGACACCAACUCCAUCGCCAAGGCCAUCAAGACCCGGGGCGAGGGCAUCCACCAGAAGUUGCGCUCCAUGAAGGAGCUGAGCGAGCAGGCGCAGGCCCGGCACGGUGAGCACUCCGCGGUGGCACGCAUCUCGCACGCACAAUACAGCGCGCUGACCCUCGCCUUCCAGCAGGCCAUGUACGAGUACAACCAGGCCGAGAUGAAACAGCGCGACAACUGCAAGAUCCGCAUCCAACGGCAGCUGGAGAUCAUGGGCAAGGACGUGUCGGGCAAGCAGAUCGAGGACAUGUUCGAGCAGGGCAAGUGGGACGUGUUCUCCGAGAACCUGCUGGCCGAUGUGAAGGGCGCGCGGGCCGCGCUCAACGAGAUAGAGAGCCGCCACCGCGAGCUGCUGCGGCUGGAGGGUCGCAUCCGCGACGUGCACGAUCUCUUCCUGCAGAUGGCCGUGCUGGUAGAGAAGCAGGCGGACACGCUGAACGUCAUCGAACUUAACGUGCAGAAGACCCUCGACUACACGGGCGAGGCCAAGGCACAGGUGCGCAAGGCUGUGCAGUACAAGAAGAAGAACCCCUGCAGGACCAUCUGCUGCUUCUGCUGCCCCUGCGUCAACUAGCAGCUGGCUUGGGUCUUCACCUGACCCGUGCGUGCCAUGAAGGAAACGUGUCCAGGGUGCCAGCCAAAGGCAUCCUGCCCUGGGCCGAGGGAGAGGAUCCCGAUGUCUGCAGAAUUCAGAGCACAAAGAAAGUUGGGAUUGGGAUGCAAGAUUUGGAACCCGGCACUUGUCCCGAAGGAUGAUUGCUAGCAUCCAGUGCAGGCAGAUUCCCACUGGAGUUGUGUGAGGUCGUUAUAAGAUUCCUAGCACUCAGCACCACGGGGAGGAACGAAUGUCGUCGCUAAGGUCAAUGUCUUGAAGACAAAAAGCAGGAAGUCAAAUGAACGUACGCUAACAAUAUGAGCACAUUAUCAAAAUUUGUCUUCGUUUGCCUUCUCUGGAAAGUUCCUUGGUGCUAUUCGAUUUUGAGUGGCAUUCACUUGGGUAUUUCUUAGUUCUUUCAAGGGGCACUGACCUUGGGUAAACUGGAUUUCAUUCACUUCUGAUCAUCUAUUUAUGCUGUGUGAGUCCUGCCUGUGUGGAAACCUUACCUCGACCCUCUUCCCCCACUUACUAAGCCACACUGGACACAUACGAUUUCCUUAUCUCUCUCACCUUUUAUAACUUCCACAAGUUAUGUAUAUAUACAUACUCAUAUAUAUAUAUACUCAUAUAUAUGAAUAACUUUUCCAGAUAUUUUAAGCACCAAAUACUGAACAAGCACCCAAGUUGGACUCUUUUUUUUUAUCACUCACGUUUUAUGUAUUUUUCACAGAUAACAUUUAUUUAAAAUUUAUCUUUGUACUUAAUUUCAUAUGAAUAUAUGUGUAAAUGCAAACUAAUAUUCGCUCACUUGUGUACAUAAUGGCCCAUUGGAUUAACUUGGCUUUUGUAAAUUCUGUAUUUAAAUAAUAAGAGCAGUUUUUGUGAAUGUUGCCUUGAUUGUUUUGAGUGUAUUUCGUUCCUGACUGCAGGGUCCACUUGGGGUCAAACUUUAUUUUCAGCAACUGUGUGCUGUCAUGAGUGAAGAUCAGUGGGGAAGUUUGAAAACACAUGACACAAUUAGAGGUACUAAAAUCAUGUUCUUGGAAACAAUAAUUGAUCUUACUGUGAACCAUUCCUUACAGACAUUAAAGCAGAGAGAUUUAAAGUGAAAUCCCAUUUUUCAAAUAAACAUGACACUAUAACUA